AUGGAGGUUCCAUGGAGAUGUUUGGAGGCUAGUGCAGUUCCGGUAGCGUACAUUAGGGUGAUCAAGGAUAUGUAUGACGGAGCUAAGACUAGGGUGAGGACUAUGGGAGGAGACUCGAAUUAUUCUCCAGUGGAGAUGGAAUUAUAUCAACGAUCAGCUCUUAGCCCAUUUUUAUUCGCUCUAGCAACAAGGGGAGGUGCCAUGGUGUAUGUUAUUGCAGAUGAUAUAGUGCUGAUUGACGAGACGCAUUGCGUGGUUAACGCCGGGCUAGAGGUGUGGAGAAAGACCCUAGAGUCUAAAGAUUUCAAGUUGAGUAAUAUAAAAACAGAAUAUUUGGAGUGCAAGUUCAAUAUUGAGACGCAUGAGGCUGAAGUGGAAGUAAAGUUUGAUACACAAGCCAUCACCGAGAGAGAUAGUUUUAAAUAUUUUGGGUCUGUAAUAAAAACUAAUGGUGAUUUCUAUUACGCAUUCAAGGAGUGUUGA